UUCAACUUCAACCCAUUGUCUCAUAAAAUCAAAGCUCAGGUUCUGUCUUCUCUCUAGUCAAUACUUUCUCCUCAAAAACAAAUUAAAGAUACAAACUUUAAAACCCCUUUGCCCCUUCAACUAACAUCGGUGGACCCUCAACAAGAAACACGUGAUUCUCCUUCUUCCUCACAUCUCCUUGUAAGCGCCGAUCUCAAUGAACGUUACAGGAGAAUCAAUGGUUGGUCAAAAGUUCUGGGAGAAUCAAGAAGACCGAGCGAUGGUGGAAUCCGCCAUAGGCACCGAAGCUUGCGAAUUUUUCAUCUCUUCAAACACUUCCCUCCCCAAGCUACUCCCGCCGCCGCCGCCGCCGCCGACUGAUCCCAAUCUCCAGCAAGGCUUACGCCACGUCGUCGAAGGCUCGGACUGGGACUACGCCGUUUUCUGGCUAGCUUCAAACGUGAACAGCUCCGACGGCUGCUUCUUGAUCUGGGGAGACGGCCAUUACCGUGCCACCCAAAAGGGAAACUCAUCAGAUAAAGAAGACGACGAGACCAAACGGCGCGUGCUUAGCAAGCUCCACUUGUCUUUUACCGGUUCGGAUGAAGAUCAUCGCCUGGUGAAGUCGGGAGCUCUUAGUGAUGUAGACAUGUUUUAUUUGGCUUCUUUGUAUUUUUACUUUAGGUGUGAUUCGACUAAGUACGGUCCCGCUGGAACUUAUGUCUCUGGGAAGCCGCUUUGGGCUGCUGAUUUGCCUAGCUGCUUGAGUUACUACAGGGUUAGGUCUUUCUUAGCUAGAUCCGCUGGUUUCAAGACUGUUUUGUCUGUACCCGUGAACUGCGGAGUUGUUGAGCUUGGUUCGUUGAAGUUGAUCCCAGAGGAUAAGAGCGUGGUUGAGAUGGUGAAGUCGGUGUUCGGUGGAUCUGACUUUGUUCAAGCUCCCAAGAUCUUUGGUAGACAGCUGAGCCUCGGCGGGUCGAAACCGCGGUCGAUGAGUAUCAACUUCUCGCCCAAGAUGGAGGAUGACUCUGGUUUCUCCCUGGACGCAUACGAGGUCGGGGGUUCGAAUCAAGUCGAGGCGGCGUUGUAUUUAACCGACGAGCAGAAGCCGAGGAAGAGAGGGAGGAAGCCUGCCAACGGGAGAGAAGAGGCCUUGAACCACGUGGAAGCGGAGAGGCAGAGGAGGGAGAAGCUGAACCAGAGAUUCUACGCUUUGCGCGCCGUGGUGCCUAACAUCUCCAAGAUGGAUAAGGCCUCUCUCCUAGCGGACGCGAUCACGUACAUUACCGAUAUGCAGAAGAAGAUAAGGGUGUACGAGACGGAGAAGCAGGUGAUGAAGAGGAAGGAGAGUAAUCAGAUCACUCCGGGGGAUGUUGAUUAUCAGCAGAGGCACGAUGACGCGGUGGUGAGGGUGAGCUGCCCGUUGGAGACUCAUCCGGUUUCGAAGGUGGUGCAGAUGUUCAGGGAGAAUGAAGUUACGCCUCAUGAUACGAACGUGGCUGUGACGGAGGAGGGUGUGGUUCAUACGUUCACUGUCCGGCCUCAGGGUGGAUGCACUGCUGAGGAGUUGAAGGAGAAGCUCAUUGCCUCUCUCUCGCAGUAGUGAUUGAUAUGUAAAAGUGUGGUAGUGUUGUUUAUUGGGGUUGUAUCAAUUGUACUAUUACUAGCCAACUAAAACAAACUCAGGCUUUAGUAGGAGUGUGUAAUUGUUACUUUCUAUAUCAUCUUGAGAUUUGUUUUUGAUAAA